AUGGAAAUUGAUAAUCAACAGUUAUUGCACAGAAACACAUAUGGUCCGGAAGAGCAAGUGUUGCUGAUAUCUCAAGUUGAAGAAGAGCAGGAGAAUCCAAUUUAUGAUAUUACAAUGGAAAAAGAAAUUGUUAUUCCUGUGGAAGAUCAGCACAUUGAAUCACUACAAAGUAUUGAAGGAAGAAAAAGGAAAGGAAAAGGAAAGGCAAAAGAAUCUCCAUCAAUAAUAUUGAAGGAAAAUGCAUCACUGGAUGAUGUAAAACUUGGUUCUGUUUUUCAAGAUAAAAAUGCCAUGAUUAGAUGUUUUUGCUUAGCAGCUAUAAAGGAGCAUUUUGAGUUCUAUGUUAACAGGUCAAGUAACACGACAUACUCUUUGGUAUGUACUGAUAAAAAGUGUACUUGGACUGUUCGAGGUUCAAGAAUUAAGGAAUCAACACUUUUUAAAAUAGUUAAAUUUCAGAGAACACAUGAGUGCUCAGUUGAUAUUCGAAAAUCAGAUCAAAGGCAAGCAACUUCAAAUGUGAUUAGAGAUUACGUGAUUGACAACUUAAGAGACAUAGCUACUGAGGUAAAACCUAAGUUUAUCAUUUCAGAGAUGAAAAGAGCACAUGGAAUUGAUGUUGGUUAUGGAAAAGCAUGGUUUGUUUACAUAUUUUUUAUGUAUGGGGCAUCAAUUUCUGGGUGGAAGUAUUGUAGACUACUAAUUGCUGUUGAUGGAACAUUUCUAAAAAAUAAAUAUAGAGGUGUUCUAUUAGUGGGUGUUACCAAAGAUGCAAAUAACCAGAUUUUUCCUAUAGCUUUUGGAGUAGUGGAUAAAGAGAAUAAUGAAUCAUAUGAAUGGUAUUUCAGGGAAUUAAGAAAAGCAAUUGGGAUUCGUAAUGAUUUAAUGUUCUUGUCAGAUCGACACAAGGCUAUUGCAAAUGGAAUUGCAAAGAAUCUGAAGCAAAGAAGAGUGAGAAACACUGUGAUAAAUCUCUUUCAAAGUGCUGCAAGAGUAUACCUUCAAUCAGAAUUUGAUGACUUCAUGUCCCAAAUAGCUGCUGUUGAUAAGAAAACUUUCAAUUAUUUGAUGGAGGAACCGCCAGGAAGGUGGGCUCGUUCACAUUGUCCCAGAAGAAGAUAUGAUAUGUUAACAACAAAUAUUGUUGAGUCAAUGAAUAAUGUUUUAAGACGUUCAAGAGAAUUGCCAAUUUUAACAAUGAUGGAUUUCAUACAAGAAAAAUUGCAAAGCUGGUUCUAUGAAAGAAGGACACUUGCAGAAGGAAUAUUCCGUGAUAUAUCAAAUUGGGCAGAAGCAACAUUGGAAGCAAAAAUUCAACCAGCUUUUAUAUUUAGAGUAUUGCCCAUUGAUAGACUCAAAUUCAAUGUCAAAGAAGGUGGUAUGGAAUUUAUUGUUGAUCUAGACAAAAGAACAUGUGAUUGUUCUGAAUUUCAGCUAGAUGAAAUGCCAUGUGAACAUGCAAUUGCUGCAAUUGAGAGUAUACAUCAAAAGAAAUCGGCCUUUGCUCACCUUAGGUUUUUCAAGGGACUUUUGGUUGAAACGUAUGAAGGGCAAGUAAAAUCUGUAAGGUUGAUGCAACACAUGGGUUAUACCAGACACUAA